CCCGGAAGUAAUUAUAGAAUUUAUAACAGUGACCUGGCUAUUAUUUUAGCUCAGGGAUGACAAUCGUUGUAAGACAUAUCAAUGCAUACUUUUCCAUUUAGCAAUUAUAAAACUGGUACGAACAUGAAAAGGGGAAGCCGAUGAAGUAUUUGGUUAAAUAUGGCUGCAGUGACGUGGAAGGAGAUUUUCCUGCUGACCGGCGUUGUGUUGGGCUGCUACUGGAACAGCUUGUCGUGUGGUUUUGUGUUUGACGAUGUCUCAGCCAUCCUCGAUAACAAGGACCUUCGGCCCUCAACUCCUCUUCAGAACCUCUUUCUAAACGACUUCUGGGGAACGCCCAUGUCUGAGGAAAGGAGCCACAAGUCCUAUAGGCCCCUGACAGUCCUGACCUUCCGACUCAACUACCUGUUCAGUGAGCUCAGUGCUCCAUCCUACCACCUCCUGAACGUGCUGCUACAUGUGGUCGUGUGUGUCAUCUUCUUGCGCGUCUGCCGGCUUUUCCUGGACAAAACCUCAAGCAGAGUGGCUGCCCUGCUUUUUGCUGUUCAUCCUAUCCACACAGAGGCAGUCACUGGUGUGGUUGGAAGAGCUGAACUGCUGUCAUCUAUAUUCCUGCUGGCAGCAUUUCUAUCCUAUACCAGAUCCAAAGGUUCAGAUCAUUCAAUUGUGUGGAGUCCCAUUGCGUUGACUGUGGUCCUGGUAGCAAUUGCCACCCUGUGCAAGGAGCAAGGGGUAACCGUCAUUGGAAUAUGCUGCGUCUACGAAGUGUUUGUAGCUCAAGGGUUCACCUUGCCUGUGCUGAUGGACACCAUGCUUCAGAUUCUGCGUGGGAAGGAUGGGAUUCCGUACGUGGUUCUGCAGACGUUACUGAAGCUUAUCGCUCUCAUCAUCAGCACCCUACUGCUGGUGAUCAUCAGGGUGCAGGUCAUUCAGUCUCAGCUGCCUGUUUUCACCAGAUUCGACAACCCGGCAGCUGUCAGCCCCACCCCUGCGAGGCAGCUAACAUUUAACUAUCUCCUGCCUGUCAACGCGUGGCUCCUCCUCAAUCCCUCUGAGCUCUGCUGUGAUUGGACCAUGGGCACCAUUCCUCUCGUGGAGUCCGUGCUGGAUGUCAGAAACUCUGCCACCUUGGUCUUCUAUUGUCUGCUGGCACUGCUAGCCUUCCACAGCCUGCGCUACUCUGACGCCUCGGCCAAGACUGUCAUCAUGGCCUUGUCACUGAUCGUGCUUCCCUUCAUCCCUGCAUCCAACCUGUUCUUCCCUGUGGGCUUCGUGGUGGCUGAGCGUGUGCUCUAUGUUCCCAGCAUGGGUUUCUGCAUGCUGGUGGCCAACGGCUUCAGGAGCGUUUCCCAAAGCGGGAAUCUGAAGAAAAUCUCCUGGCUUUGCAUGGCUUUGCUCCUCACCACCCAUGCCAUCAAGACUUUCAACAGAAACUGGGACUGGGAGUCUGAGUACACACUCUUCACUUCUGCUUUAAAAGUCAAUAAGAACAACGCAAAGCUUUGGAACAAUGUUGGUCAUGCUCUGGAGAAUCAGAACAACUAUGAACGAGCAUUGAAAUAUUUCCUCCAAGCCACCAAUGUCCAGCCAGAUGACAUUGGUGCCCACAUGAAUGUUGGAAGAACGUAUAAGAAUUUGAACCGAACCAAAGAAGCCGAAGAAGCCUACUUGAUUGCGAAAUCUCUCAUGCCGCAGAUCAUACCAGGGAAGAAGUACGCCACCCGUGUGGCCCCCAACCACCUGAACGUUUACAUCAACCUGGCCAACCUGAUCCGAGCCAACGAGUCCCGGCUGGAGGAGGCCGACCAGCUGUACCGGCAGGCCAUCAGCAUGCGGCCGGACUUCAAACAAGCCUACAUAAGCAGAGGGGAGCUCCUGUUGAAGAUGAAUAAGCCCAUGGAGGCUCGCGAUGCUUAUCUGAGAGCACUGGAGCUGGAUAGAAUGAAUGCUGACUUGUGGUACAAUCUGGCCAUCGUCAAUAUUGAGAUGAAGGAUCCCUCAGAGGCACUCAAACACUUCAACCAAGCCCUGGAGCUCAACCCUCGCCACAAACUGGCACUUUUCAACUCCGCCCUCCUCAUGCAGGAGUCUGGCGAGCCCAGGCUUCGGCCGGAGGCCAACCGCCGUUUCCUGAUCUACGUGGAGGAGGAGCCAGAGGACGCCAACGGCUACUUCAACCUGGGCAUGCUGGCUAUGGACGAGAACGCCAACGAGGCGGCGGAGCGGUGGAUGAAGAAGGCCAUCUCCCUGCAGAGGGGCUUCCGCAGCGCGCUCUUCAACCUGGCGCUCCUGUACUCGCAGUCGCACCGGGAGCUGGAGGCCCUGCCCGUGCUGAGCGAGCUCCUCCGGCACCACCCGGAGCACGUGAAGGGCCUGAUCCUGAAGGGCGACAUCCUGAUGAACCACCGCAAGGACACGCAGGGCGCCCGCCAGUGCUUCGAGAAGAUCCUGCGCAUGGACCCCAGCAACGUGCAGGGCAAGCACAACCUGUGCGUGGUGUACUUCGAGGAGCGAGACCUGCUCCGAGCCGAGCGCUGCCUGGAGGAGGCGCUGGCCAUGGCCCCGCACGAGGAGUACAUCCGCCGACACCUCGGCAUCGUCCGCGGGAAGAUGGCCGCCAUGACGGCCGCCGGGGAGCCGCUGGUGCAGAACAAGCCCGGCUCCGGCCAGGGCUGGGAGGGGCGGGAAGGGCCCAGCCAGAGAGGCGACGAGGAGAAGAAUGGGCGGAAAUCCUCCCCCGCUGAACACGGUGCUGGGAGCACGGAGCAGUCCAAAAGCCUGGAGCCCGGCCAGCCUGAAAAGAGGACUAAGGCUAAAUCCACAAAAGAGAUUAAAGACAUAGAAGAGAAGAGGGCAGCUGCCUUGAAGAGGCUGGAGGAGAUUGAGCGCAUAUUAAGUGGUGAUUAACCUUGUUGUCUUUUUACGGCUGGACUACUUUUAUACUACUAUUUAAAGACGAGUGUUGGCUUCCGUUUAGAAACAUGCUGGCAUUCCUAAAUUGGCGACAACUGCCCCAUGUUUAUGCAUGCUGUCAUGCCUCCAUGCAAGAAAAUGUCGUUGAGGGCUGAAGAGAAGUGCCCCAUUGCUUGAUUUCAGUACCAAGGGUAAAUGGGUGAAAAAUAAAGUUAUUAAAAAAGAAAGCUUAUUUCGGAAAAGGCCUGAAAACAAAAAAAGCACACUAUUAUCGUAUACACUAAUCUGAGCCCUGAAACAUGUCCAUUGUGAAUGUCUUGUCAUACUCUUUAUUUAAAAUAACUGUUUUUGUUUUUUGUGGACCCCCUGCGGUAACAUGUGGAUAGGUACAUGGUAUUCCCUCACUAACGGCCUGACUUGUAUGGAAAUACAAUUCUAUCAAAUUUAUGUAUGCACAAAAACAAGCUUUGCAAAACAUGGCUUGUGGUUGCAAACAUGCAGACAUGCAACUGAUUUGUGAAUAAAUGCAUAAAACUUCAGUGUUUAGUGUUUCACUAAAUAAUCUCCAUUCACAGCAUUUCCCUUUAUUUUCAAAGCAUCCUGCAAGUUUACAAAUCGUGUUCCGUUUCUUUGAAAAAUUAAGUUUACAUAUAGUUCGCAAACUAUGUUGUAUUUAUGCACAAACCAUGUUGUAUGCCUGUGAAUCUUAUUGUAUUUAUUCUAAAGAGGCUUUGCAAGGAAAUGCAGUAUUUGUCUAGGCGGGUAGUGUUCACAUUUUACCUUGGGGGUUGUGUAGUUUUUACGUGAUUCACUGGAUUUUUUUUUUUUAACAAACUUUUAAAUGCAUAUAUUGUUUUGUUAAAUGUAAUGAUUGUUUCAUGGUGAAUAAAUUGAAAUGUAUUGCUGAAUCCAAAGCAAGAUCUACACUAUGUUAAUAUUCCCUGUACUUGAUUAUUUGCUGCAUUACAUUCAGCACUGUUGAGAAGUGGUGCAGUCUCCAUUUUGACCGUUUCCUGUGUCAUGGUCUGAACUCUUAUACUACUUCCUAAUCUGGCUCUACUUAGUCAGGGUUGUGUGGAUAGCCUUUGCUUUACAUACUGUAAAAACACCACCACUAAAGGGAUAUUUUUCAAUGAGGAGUAGCUUUGCUUAGUCUUAUCCUCAAAAUAAUAAAGGUUUAGUUUAGAUUGAGAUAAAAAUAAUAGUAAUUCACCAGUGAUGUUGAAUUUCAAGCCCAAAUAUGCAUUAUUUCUGUGCAGUGAGAGCUUGAUGCCAUUUCUUUAGAGAGAGCACACCAUAUUGUUACUUGUGUUAUUUGUUUUUGAUUCUUACUCUUGGGAUAUCAGAUAUCAGAAUAUCUAGUUGUGAACGGUUUUCUCUCACCAUCUACCAGAAUGUUCAUUUGAUGAAGGCUCUACCAAACAUCAGAGCUGCAUUUCUUUGAAGAUCUCUGAAUUGACAUGUUUUGUGGAUUGAUUUCUGAUUUCUAACUGAAAUGCCAUUAGUUUUGUGCCUCGGGUGAAUUUCUGGGUCAUUUUCAUGUGCGUUUAGGGAGUUUUUUGUGUUUCAAAUUAUUUUUUGGUGAUUGUUUUGUGCUACCGUACACACAACAAAGAUUUAUUUAUUGGCAUAUUUCACAUGCAUUUACUGUACAAAUUGAAUUUAUAUGAACGCAAACUGCAUGGUAUCCUACAAUAACUGUAGUGGAUUUCCAAACAAUAAUUUUCUGACAUGUAGUGAUCAGAUGUGCCUAUCCUGAAUCUCAUUGACAGUGAGUGCCGUACAGUAUGGGAUCUGCCUGUGCAUUUGUCUCUGAGCCAUCUAUGAGCACAUUAAUGAUGUAUCAUAAUACCAAUAUUUGAUUAUCGUAAAGGUACAUUGAUAUUCUGGCAGUUGCUUGGGUGGCAAUGAUUGUUUUGACAGUUUGUGAAUGCUUAUCCAUAUUGUGAACUGUAUAGGCGAGUACAUUUUUAUUAGCACCACAAUCAAUAACACUAUUGGAAUCUACGGCAAAGCCUUCUGUUGAUUUAAUUGAUUAUUAUUCAGCAAAUAAUUUCUAAAUUAUUAUUGGAGCGAAAUCAAGCUGGCCUUUACAGCCGACAGCCGCACCAUGAUGUUCCCGAUUUUAGUUGGCUGAUACUAACCCGGACUUGUCGGUGGCGACAGCUCAGUUUUCUGCAGUCUUCCUUCAGAAAGCAGUUAUCUUACCCAGUGAGAGUGCUUUUAAAAUGAGACUAUGAACUCAGACCAUGACUCGCUGUGGCCAUUGCCAUUGCCAUGGCGCUUAUUAAAGGGGGCGGGUGUCUCCUACGGUCUGGCAAUCUGGUUCUCUAACUGGCACUGGUUGGUUUCGUGGGCUUAAUAUUUUCCUUCGGCCUGUCAAACACUGAGAAUUGUAACAGGUAUUAUAUAUGAACAUACAUUGUCCGUUUGUUUAUCCAUUUUGUUGUGAUUCCGCUUAUUAUUUAGUCACACGCUUGAUGUCAUCCACAUUAAUGCACAAUACUGUAAGUCUUUUUAAAAGUUCAUUGGUAUUCAGGUUUUUAUUUCCUUUUUUCCCAAUAUUUGACAUCCAGCCAUUAUUUUGAAUUUUAGGGAUGUGCGUUAUGUUUAUCUGUUUAACCAUAUACAUGGGAAUGUAUUGCCUAUUAAAUAAAUUUAACAUUGUUCAAAUGCUUGUAAAAGCUUACAAACCUUAUAUUUUUUAAUUCAUAACACAUGGAUUAUUUUCUGUUUGACUGAAAACCAAUGUUACCUUUUGAUUUAUCUAUCAUUUUGGGAACUGCAACUAUAGCGGCCAUUUUGUCUGAGUGGAUGUGAUGAGGCUUAUCACUUUAAAAUAAAAAUGGCUAAAUGAAUGGAA